AUGGUCAAGAAACGGUCAUCGAACGGACGUAACAAGAAGGGCCGCGGCCACGUCAAGCCAAUCCGAUGCUCCAAUUGCUCGCGAUGCACCCCCAAGGAUAAGGCCAUCAAGAGAUUCACCAUUCGCAACAUGGUCGAGUCUGCCGCCAUCCGUGACAUCUCUGACGCUUCUGUCUUCACCGAUUACGCCGUUCCCAAAAUGUACUUGAAGCUCCAGUACUGCGUUUCCUGCGCCAUCCACGGAAAGAUUGUGCGUGUCCGUUCUCGAGAGGGUCGUCGCAACCGUGCCCCUCCCCCAAGAAUUCGGUACAACAGGGACGGGAAGAAGAUGAACCCGACGCAAGCCGCAAAGACUGCCCAGGCAUAG